AUGAGCGGGGAGGAGUGCAGUCCCUCCAAACAACGUCGACUGGAGUUGCGUAGUGCUCUGAAGGUAUGGUCAAGGGAAGAUGAACUAUUUGAUAUGAUUAUAAAUGGGGCACGUUUGGAAAGGUGGCUUGAAAGGUCAUUUCAGAUAAGUGACUCUCAGCAGGAAGAAGCAAAAGCAGCGAGUUGUGUGAAACAAAUAAUUAAUCAGCUGCCUUGCAAUGAAAGAUAUUCCUCUGACAAUCCAGUCAAAGUUACCAUCCUGGCAACUCAAUGGAAAUGGUUCUGGUGGAAUUCAUAUUUUUCAAACCUUGUAGUAGAGUUGUCCAAACAACUGGCAAAAUUCCCUCAGGUGAAAGUCUCUUUCCUGGUCCCUGAAGGUUCAUGUGAUGAUGUGGACAAGAGUGAUGCUAAACUUCAUAAUGUUACCAUUGUUGAAGCAAAAAAGCGAUGUGAAUUUAAUGAUUGCACUGAAUGGCUCUCCUACCCACCAGAAGGCCUCACUACAGACAUUGUGAUUGGUAUGGGUGGGACACUUAACAAAAUGGCCCAACUAUUCAAGGAACGUCACCACUGUAAGAGUAUAUUUCUUGGUGGUGAUGCUGUGUAUGAAAGCCUCUCCAAAAAUGUAGAAUUGAGAGAUGCCCUGGCUGAGAGUGAAGAGGAAUUAGAUGGUGGAUGCAAUGUUCAACCAAUUAUGGAAAUGGCAGAUCUUCCAGUUGCUGUUGGACCAAAGAUGGCUGACAAACUUUCUGCUUCAUUCUCUCGUCAGAAGAAAACAGUUUUUGAGUUUACUCCAGGUAUACUCCAUGAAUAUGAUGAUGUCACAGAUACCUCUUGUGAUAGGAAAAAGUUUCGUAUCAUGAUUGCAGGACAUGGUAGUGCCAGGCAUUUUGACAGAGAAAGUCUUGACAUCGUUGCCACAGCAGUUGCUGGGUUGAAGGAUCGAUCCUAUGAGAUUAUUCUUGUUGGUGCUGCCAAAGGAGAACGAAAGAAAUUUGUUAAGAAACUUAUGGAAUGUAAGGUCUCUAAACAUCAGCUGAUCAUUCGAAGCCCUCCCAAAAAUGAAGAAGAGUUGAAAGGGUGGCUGUGUGAAGCAGAUCUUGCCAUCAUGCCCUCCAGUGAACAGGAAUUUGGAAUGUUUGGUCUUGCAGCCUUGUCAUCUGGCCUCCCUAUCCUGGUACAUGGUGCAUCAGGACUCGGUGAAGCCCUGAAACCUGUCAUUGGUGGAUCGUUAUCCAUUGUGGAGUCAGAGAAUGACAGUGAGUGGUCUAAGGCAAUUAAGAAAGUCAGAGACAAGGACUGGAAACGACGUCUCGAAGAGGCUGAUUUACUGCGCAAACAUUAUGACGAGAUGUACAGCUGGGAGAGACAGUGUGGAGCUCUUGUUGAUGAGAUGCUGCGGAUAGUUUCUGCUCAACAAGGCAAGACUCAUUAACAUGGAAUAUGAGUGAAUGCAUCCUCCAGCCUGAAACAAGACCAAACACCCUGAACUGGCACAAGAGGGUGUGAAAUGAACAAUUAUUGUGUUUUCCUUCAUAAUCGUAAAGCAUAUGCAUGAAAUUUUACAAUAUAAAUGACUUUUGUAGUACAGUGGCUCUGCUACAAACGAGUCUUGUAGGAAGUUCUAAGCACACCUACAUUGGGUUGAUAAACAGUGUCAAUUGUCUACACCCAGGGAGGUGUGCAAAGGUUUACUUGAUUCAUGUUUACCUGCGACUUUUUUGUUUAUGAAGACAAGCCUGAAAGCAGGCUCUUGUAUUCACUUUUAGUAGAAGUAUCGGUAAGCUUUGUUCUUUGGCUUAUGUCAAUAGUAACAAGUGGUGUUAUUGUCAACACCUAGAGAGGUGUGCAAAGGGCAUUAUUACUCACACAACUGUAUAUAUUGUAUAAUUUACUCGCUGGGAGUCAGGCUCUUGUAUUUAGUUUGAGAAAGGGGAGUAUGCCUUAACACUAUCAAGCAUGUUUGUUAUGUUAACCUGUGUCAAUUUUG